AUGGCGAGAGGGUUCGAGCAGAGGCCUAUUGUCACGUUGAAGGGCACAGAGAUUGAGGGCUCAGGGUGGACGGGGAAGACGUUGAAGCCCGGGGAAGGGGGGCGGGAGGCGUUGAGUGAGUGGUUCGAGCUGAAGGAGGGGGUUGAGUGGAGAGUUAAUGAAGUGGGAGUCUUUGAGGACGUGAGGGAUAAGGCGAGACUGUAG